UGCUCUCCUCAGCACUGGGAGUGUACCCUCUGCGUGGAGUGUGUGGUGGAUUGGAAACAGUGUGUGUCUGUGUGUGUGUUUGCACGUGUGUGAAUACAUGGUGAACUUCAGACGAUUGCGGAUCUCAGGAGGGUAAGGAUGAACGUCUCUUUUUUCAGAAAAACAGCAGUAAUUACUUUUUGUUGAGAACUGGGCUGGGACUGGGACUGUUGGGAUGUGUUACUACCAGUGUGAUGGAAUGGAAGGACCUGUAUGCAGUGUGGACUGAGGUGCAGGAAGAGUCUCAAAUCUUCAGUGAUCUGUGAUUUAAUUAAGUGUUUUGUGAUCUAUGAGGACAGAGGUAACGUGCAAACGUGAAGUAAUGCUGUGACUUUCUGCUGGGAUCCUUUCGGCUUAUUAGUUCAGGUUUAGAGGUUACUCUAAAGGUUGCUUUAGAAUGAUUAACAUUAUGGAAUACUCUUUGCACAUCGUUUGGUAAAAAAAAUGGUUGUUAUGAACAAGAAAUGUAUGGAUUUGUGAAUUUUAAAUUAUUAUUGGAUUGCUUUGACUCCUAGUACUAUAGUCUCUAAAACUAAAUUGGACCACCAUGGCCGGCCAGUCGUUUCUGCUUCAACUAGCUGUCACUGUACUCCUCUGGUGGGCUUCGCAGGCCCAGGAUGAGACCACCGCCAACAUGGACCUGCAGCUGACCAAUCAGACAACAGAACCCACUGUGACCUCAGUGACUGCAGAAGGAGCUGUGGCACUGAGCUCACCUGCAGGAGAUGUGGAGGAGGAAACAGUGCCGUCCACCGGGACCCGCUGCCAGGGCUACUAUGAUGUGAUGGGCCAGUGGGAUCCUCCGUUUAACUGCACCGCAGGCAUCUUCCUCUACUGCUGCGGCACCUGCUUCUACCGCUUCUGCUGUCAGUUCCGCCAGCAGCGGCUGGACCAGACCUCAUGCUCCAACUAUGACACGCCCAUCUGGGCCAACACGGGCAAACCAGUGGCCACCAUCACCGAGGGCCAGUCUGACCAUGAGAGGGACCGCACCCACAUGAUUGUCUACAUCAUCUGUGGAGUGGUGGCCAUCAUGGUCCUGGUGGGCAUCUUCACCAAGCUGGCCCUGGAGAAGAGCCGAGGCGGUCAGAAUGAACUCAGUAACUCGAGGACUCUGCAGGAGCUGUUGAAGCAGCCAGGUGGAGAGGUGGGUCCUGUGGAUGGCACUACCAGCAGCACCUCCCCAAUUGGUGCCAAUGGCGUCUCAGCCAGGAUGCUGCGGAGCCGCAGUGAGCAAUACCACCUGAACAAUACCACCUUCUCAUCGUUUAGCCCCACAGCCGGGCUCCCUCACCCCCAGAGCAACAGCAGUCUGCCAGGCCUCGCAAUCAACAAGUACACCUCGCUGAAGGCUGUGGCUGACACUGCUGCCAGAGGUUACUAUAAGAGCUACCCGCUCAUGGAUUUCUCUCAAUACCAAACCCCACCUGCAUCUUUCCAACCAAUCCAGAUGCACCCUAAAGACAAGUCUUACCUGCACCAGGACAAGUCCUACAUGCAUCACGGGUUUGCGUCCCAUGACAUCCACUCCCCGCUCUCCAUUUCCAUCCCCAGCAGCCACCUGGAGCGGACCCGCAUCCCAAAGACCCCCACUCACCCCCUGCUCUCCGGAUCAGCCUUCAAAGCCUGGGAUUCUGGGCCCAGGCAUGUUCUCCGGCAGACCUCACACCCCGCUAACCCCGGCCGGAGGCAGACCUACAGCAACAGGAGGCAGUUUAGCACAGAGACGCUGCCCGAGCCUUUCUCACACUCUGUGACCUACGGAGGACCUUCAUCCUACCAGUUCCCUCUCAAACAGAAGACCUACCAGACCAACAGCAAGACAGAGGUCACUGUCUGAGAGAAACCUUUAACAUGCAACAGACUGUACUGCAUUCAACACAACACACACCCCAAUGAUUUGGAUAUGAGAUGUUUUAAAGUGAAGUUAACUUCCAAACCCAACUGCUUAGCUUUUUUUUAUAAGUAUAUAAUUUUAUUUGUAAUUUUUGUCCAUUUUCUCCCCAGUUUAGCACAGCCAAUUACACAACCCACUCAUUAGGUAAGCCCCAACACACCAGUAGGGUGAAGACUAACACAUGCUUCCUCUGAUACAUGUGAAGCCAGCCACUGCCUCUUUUCGAGCUGCUGCUGAUGCAACAUUGCCGAGUAGCAUCACAGCGUGCUCGGAGUAAAAAACGCAGCGACUCGGUUCUGAUACAUCAGCUCACAGACGCCCUGUGCUGCGGACAUCACCCUAAGAGUGAUGUGGGGAGAGAGCGCCAUCUACCCACCCGGAGGGAGCAGGGCCAAUUUUGCUCCCUCUGAGCGCUGGCAGCUUGAUGGCAAAGCUGCAUGAGAUGUUUAGCUUUUUUUUUCUAUGGGUGUUCUUCUGCCUUUGUUUACUUGGUCCAUAUCUGCUCUUUGUGUCUGCUACAGCAUGCUCUCAUACACACUGAGGAGCAUUCAUCUUUAAAUGCAAUUAUGGCCCCUUAAAAAAGACCCAACCUGUAACAGCACACACCAGCUUGACCCCAAAACUUGAGUUGGUGUGCUAUACCCGUGUGCGAUUGUUCUAGAUGGAUGUUGGAUGUCCUAGACCAGUGGUAAUCAAUUUUGGAGAUCCUGAAGAUCUACAUUCCUGCAGAACGCAGCUUGAUCCUAAUGGACAAUCUAAUUACUGCCUUCAACAGUGCUUGAUUUGAGAAAUGAAACCUGCAAGAUACUUUAGCAUGGGACAAUAUAUCUAGAGUCUAGACCAGGGAUGUCAAACCUGUCCACUCUGGAAUGGUGAGCUUCCUUACAUAAUGACUGUGAGAUGAAUUACUAGCCUUUUCUUGCUUUAUGCUGUUUUCCAAUUAUUAUCAAACCUGUCCUCUCUGGACUGAUGUUGCAGCAGGUUUUCAUUCCAGCUAAAUAGAAACAAAGCAAGUUAUAAGCAAGUUCUGGCAUCAUGCAAGACGAGCCACCUAGACUUCAGGAUUAGGGGAGAGACCAAAAUUCUUGAAACUGGAGGUGAAAAUACAGUUUCAGAAACUUAUUUUAAACCACUGAUAAAAUCUGAUCCGGUUUUGACUGGCUGUUUGUGUUGAAGAUGCCAUGUUGAGCGUUACUAGCUCUCCCGUUCAUACUUCAACCAGUGGCUGGUCUCCUCAAAAAUAAAUAAUAAACAAUCUCUGGCAGAAACAUACUGAUGGCAUGUUUGAAGUCUAACCUACUGACUAAACAAAUGAAAUCUUGCUGUGGACAGGUUUGACACCCCUACUCUAGACCAAGUAACCUUUUACAUUUGUGAGUUUCGAUUUCCCCUUUAGCACUGCUCUUCUAAGAACAUUUCUAUUGCUUUAAGAGCUGGAUUUAGACUUUUUCCAUUCCAAAAGUUAUUUUCCUCUACUUUAACUAUUUUAUUGACUGUUUGUUGACUUACCUGUGUGCAGGUUGGUAUUUUCCUAUUAAGUUCUCCUGAAGUCAUACGUCAUCAGAACACCCUGAUGAGCUUUAAUGACUCCCAACAAAUCUCUUUUCUUUGAGGAUUGCAAACUUCCAUAAACCUGUGGGGGGAAAACCCAGGGUUUGGUAGCAAAAAAAUCUGGUUUAUGUCCUUAAAACAUGGGCCUAUUUUUGGCCUUAUUCCUACAUCAGCUUUACAAGGAAUAUGCCUCUAUCACAUCAGCCCUUCAUCUACCU